GUCUUUCUUUUUUUCUCCCACUUCCCCACCCUCUUACGUUUUUACAUGCUCAUCAGAAAACGCGAGUGAUAUCAUUUAGCCCCUCCCCCCCUUCUGCCCCCGUUGGACUUACAUAUCAUCAUCCAUACUCGAUCGAGGAUUAUCGUGUUAUCGAUUAUUAUACAUCGUUUCGUGAGUGAUUUCGAAUGAUCAUUGGUUUUUUCUUUUUUGUUUUUUUUUGUUGUUGGGGGGGAAGGAAUGGGAUCAUUAACUUUUGCAAGGAACAAGCAGAAGUGGUGAGAAGUUGCAUAAUAUUCGAUUUGGUAUUCGGUAAGAGUGUGCCGCAUAUCAUUGAAAUAAGUUACGCUUGCGUGUUCUUUGUGAUGUGCCGGUCCAUUUACGUUCGAUGAGAAGCUGCCAUGAUAUCCAAGUGAUAAGGAAUUUUCGACGAUCGAUCUAUUACUUCGUAUUUCCUUGAACAAUAUUUGCUGUCUAUUUUUUAAAGACGUAUUUCUUCUUUCUUUUUUGUGUGGCUUACGCAAAUGAAGUCAAGGUUAACCAUGGUAAGAGACACGAAUCGAAGAUUGAUUAUAUGACUUUCAUCUAAUACAAGUUUUAUAUAUAUAUAUAUAUAUAUAUAUAUAUAUACAUAUAUAUGUAGUUUAUAUUCAAAUCGUUGUGAUACUUGAUAGGGAAUGUCAAUUCGUAAUCGUAAUUUUUGAGAAAAAAAUCACGGUAAAAAGAGAUCUGAUUGGUCUCUUCUAACGCGCAUCUGCAGACGCGUUUCGCGAGGUGCGGCUCCGUGGGUCAGUGCCCCCACUAUCGGCCGAAGUCUCUUCUUGUACUCGCUUAACUUUCGACCGGCGGAUAAAAAGAAAGGUCCGGUCCGGCGAGAAAGGAAGAGGAGGAAGAAGAACCGAAUACACCCACCCCUUCCAAAGUUCAUCCUUAAUCCAAUUUCGAAUGAAGACGAAGUGCCGAACGGGAAUAUAAAAAAAUGCGGGCCGUUGACCGUUGCAAUCCAUUGGAGAUCAGCGCGUGCUGAUUAAUGCUUGUAAGUGGUUGACAAUGACGGAAGAAAGUGAUUGAACUAUCGAGGAUGAAACUGAAAGAGACAAUGAGGAAAAGGAACGACAGGUAGUAUUCGUGGAUCGUAAAUGAUUUAUGCCGACGAGUCGAGAAGAAUUUGGCUAAGGAAGAAGGGCGCGUUGAGGUACCGAAGAGAUGAUCAUAAGAAGAUCGAUGGUCCUAGCCUUGGUCCUGGGACUGUUGUUGGUGGACCAAAAUGGCGGCCAGGCUAGCAACAACGAGAUGCGCUCGUCGAGCAAGUAUUUUUUGCAGAACCUACCUCAAAGAGUUACACGGUUAAUUCCGCGAAGGUCACCGAUGUUGCCACAAGAUAGUGCUACCAUGGGAUUGACGAUGCAAAGUAGAGCGGUAGAUACUAGAGUUACGCUCGAAGUUAAGGAGGGUGAACCGAAAGGUACUUUGGUCGGUCAGAUACCAGUGAAACCUGGCUUUACUUAUAGAUUUAACGAACCACCCCAAGAAUUUGUGCUCGAUCCUAAAACUGGCAAAAUAAGAACAGCCAAGGUAUUGGAUAGGGAAGCUCUUAGUAGCGAUAGGUUCGACCUAGUCGUACUCUCAAGUCAACCGACUUAUCCGAUAGAAGUGAGGAUCCUUGUAUUGGAUAUCAAUGACAACGAUCCCGAAUUUCCCGAAUCUAGCAUAGCUGUGAGUUUUUCCGAAUCGGCUGUCGUAGGCACGAAAUUGUUAUUAGACGCUGCCACCGAUAAAGAUACUCCUGAGAAUGGAGUAACCGAUGAUUAUUUCAUCGUCGAUGGUAAUAAGGAUGAAAAAUUUCGUUUGGAAGUAACGGGCAAUCCAACCGGUGAGACAUCCUAUUUACAUUUAGAAACUACAGGAAAAUUGGAUAGGGAACAAGUCGAAUAUUAUUCUUUAAAUAUUUGUGCCAGAGAUAGAGGACAUCCGCCUAGAUUAGGUUAUCUUUUGGUAAACGUAACUGUAUUAGACGUAAAUGACAAUCCUCCGAUUUUUCAACAAAGCGAUUACGUCGUUGCUCUGAACGAAAGUGCACCGGUUGGUACAAAAGUUCUUACGAUUCAUGCCACUGAUAAAGAUUCCGAAGACAAUUCGAAAUUGACAUAUUAUUUACCUGAUACCGAGAGACAGUUUACGAUAAAUCCAGAGACAGGUACUAUUACAACCGCGGAACCUCUAGAUUGUCCCGAACAAAGCUGUGCGACAGCACGUCCAGGUGGAGGCUGUCCAAAGAGCUGCGUCAUAACGGUCUUUGCUCGAGAUCAUGGAUCACCCAGGCAAGAUGGACGCACCUAUGUAACGGUGAAUCUAUUGGAUGCGAACGAUCAUGAUCCUGAAAUAAAAUUUAGUUAUCUUACAUUAACUGCUGGUUAUGCAACGGUCGAUGAAAAUGCUGCUAAGGAAUCUCUAGUUGCUGCCAUUGCUGUCAUUGACAACGAUGAAGGUCUGAACGGUGAGACCACCGUGGAGAUACGUGCUGGAAAUGAACUAGGCCAUUUCAGGCUGGAUAACACGCAAAGUUUCGAUAUCGUUCGAGUGAAUGGUAAAUUGGAUCGCGAAGAAAUUCCCAAGUAUAAUCUAACAGUCGUAGCUACCGACAAAGGCACGCCACAAAGAUCGGCGACGGCAUAUCUCGUGAUCCAUGUAAACGAUGUCAACGAUCAUGAACCGGUAUUCCAGCAGAGCGAAUAUUCUGCAGUUUUAUCCGAGCUCUCGCCAGUCGGAAGCUUCGUUGCUAGCAUUUCGGCUACGGAUGCUGACUCUGGAUUAAAUGCAAGAAUUUAUUAUGACUUUGAUUCUGGUAACGAGCAAGGAUGGUUUGCCAUCGAUCAGGAUACUGGUUUGGUCACCACAAUAGCGACUUUGGAUAGAGAAAUUCAAGGAAGUAUCGAAUUGCACGUGUCUGCCAGAGAUGGCGGACCAAAUCCAAAGUAUGCGUCUACCCAUCUCAAAGUUACUAUCCUGGAUGAGAACGACGAAGCCCCGAGAUUUUCUCAAAAUAUCGUUUAUGUCACUUUGUCUGAGAAUACUCCUCCGCAGAGCCUCGUGGCAACGUUAACCGCGGUGGACAACGAUCAAGGAACCAAUGGAAGUAUCGCUUACAGUUUUCAUUCCAGCGUUUUAAGAGAUUAUCCAAAGACUUUUGCUUUGGAUGCUUUAACGGGACAGCUAACAACAAAAAUCAGCAUGGAUCGAGAAUCUAUAGCGGAGUACAGUAUCUUGGUGAUUGCUAAAGAUCAAGGAACACCUCCUCAAUCAUCGACAGCUACCGUAUUACUUUCCUUGGAAGAUGUCAAUGAUAAUCCACCCGUGUUCUAUCCAUGGAGAUAUUUGAUGCCUGUACCGGAGAGCGCACCAGUAGGUACUUCAGUUGGUAAGAUCAUAGCGACGGAUGCUGAUGCUAGAGAAAACGCUCAAAUUAGAUAUUCUUUGGAAUCUGGUGGCGAAGGAAUUUUUAUCGUCGACGAAAGAACCGGUGAAAUCACUUUGGAAGGUUCUUUAAGAGCUGCUCACAAAACACUUUACGAAUUAACCAUCUCUGCCAAAGAUACCGGAAAUAAAAUUGCUACUAGAAACGCCAUGGUCGAGAUUAUACGCGAGGAAGAUUUGGAGCAUCUAGAGUUCGACACUUACAACGGUUACAACUUCCGCGUGAUGGAGGAUAGGGGUGAAUGUAAUUCCAUGCCAUCUGGCUUUGGUAAGGAGGUUGGAACCGUACAAGUUACUCAGUAUGGCAAUACUAAAGUAACUUACAACAUUCUGUAUGGCGAUCCAAAAAGAAACUUCAAGAUAGACGAGGUCACUGGUAUGAUUAGUACAGCUGGUUGUUUGGAUAGGGAAAAUGUUGCAUUUUACAGUUUACAGUUAGCGGCUAGAGCUGGACUUGCUUAUGGGCAAACUCUUGUAAACAUAACGGUAGUCGAUGUAAACGACAAUCCACCGAAAUUUCCUAAAGGCGAAGGUGGCGACGAAGUUUAUUUGAAAGAAAAUGCUGCCGUAGGCCAAGAAGUUUAUUUGGCACGUGCCAAAGAUCGUGACGCAGGUGCUAACGCUAGAAUAGUUUAUUCAUUGACUCACAAUCCUGGAGAACAAUUUAGGGUAGCCGAAAAUUCAGGUAUCAUAUAUCUAGGAAAACCUAUAAGAGCACCACCCGGUACGGUUUUAAAUUUGGAAGUGACAGCAACGGAUUCCGACGUUCAGCCACUUUCUGCUCAACAUCAAGUAAGAGUUAUCAUCGAGGACGUUAACGAUCAUACGCCUGUUUUCAAAUUGACGAGUUACGAGACGUCGUUGUCCGAAUCAACGCCCGUAAAUGAUCGUUUCUUUUCACUAACUGCCACGGACGUUGAUCUUGGCGCUAAUGGAAGAGUUUUAUACAGCGUUACCGAUGGAAAUGCCGAAGGACGGUUUGGAAUUUUCCCAGAUGGACAGCUUUACGUAAAGAACAUAUUGGAUCGCGAAGAACAAGAUUAUUAUGCUUUGGAAGUGACUGCCAGUGAUCAAGGUAGCCCAUCGAGAAGUUCUGUCGUUCCAGUCGUCGUACAUAUUCUCGACGAGAACGACAACGCCCCGGAAUUCACUAAUUCCAGUUUUACUUUUCACUUGAGAGAAAACGAGUUACCGGAUACGUUCGUUGGAAAAUUAUUAGCCACGGAUCGAGACGUUGGUCGUAACGCUGAUUUAAUGUUUUCUUUGCCUAUAAGCCAACAAGAUUUUGUCGUGGAUCCUCGCAAUGGAUUUAUUAAGUCGUUACGUGCUUUCGACAGAGAGCUUUUAGUUAGUAAUACCGGUGCUAGCUAUGUGACAUUAGAAGCAACCGUUACGGAUAACGGCGAGAAUCGUUUGAGAGAUCGAGUCAAAGUCACCAUUUACAUUACCGACGUAAACGACAAUACGCCACAAUUUCAGAGAUUACCUUACAAAGUACAAGUUAGCGAAGGUGCAGCUAUAGGUACUCAAUUACUCAGAGUUUAUACUACGGAUGCUGACGAAGGUCUCAAUGGGGAUGUCUUCUACACUUUAGAGGCAGGCAAUCAAAAUGGACAUUUCAUGAUCGACGAGGCAACGGGACAGAUAUCUCUGGUUCAACAGCUUGAUCGUGAAGCUUCGAAUAAUUAUUUAUUGACUGUAGUAGCACACGAUGCCGGAUUAGAAACUCGUCUAUCAUCGAGCGCUACCGUACACAUUGACGUACUCGAUGAAAAUGACAAUGUUCCACUUUUCAUUGAUAACAAAUCGAAAAUUUCAAUUCUCGAAACAACGUCGACUAAUACGGAAUUACUAAGAUUCAAAGCAACCGAUAACGAUCUUGGACCUAACAGCGAACUGACCUUCGCUAUAUCCGCUGGCAACAGAAGGGAUACUUUCUACAUCGAUCCGCUCACCGGUACUUUGUACCUGAGGAAACCAUUGGAUUACGAGGAACUAGAAAAGUACGUUCUGAAUAUAACUUGCAGCGACGGUGGACACCCUAGGCUUAGCUCGGUAAUGACUCUGGUGGUCGAGGUCAUUGACACGAACGACAAUCCUCCGGUAUUUCCGAAUACAGCGAUCGUACGACAGAUUCGUGAAGGAAUACCUGUACAUAUGCCAAUAGUGACGAUAACCGCUGAGGAUCCAGAUUCCGGUGAAAACGGUAUGGUCAGUUAUUCGAUCGUCAGUCAGGAUCCUGAGGAUCAGGUACGUCGUUUCGGUAUAAAUCCAUCGACCGGCGUGAUACAUACGUUAUUGCCGAUCGAUCGAGAGGAAGUCGAUACGUUUAAGUUGGUGGUGGUUGCUACGGACAAGGCACAACCACCUAGUGCUAGAUUGUCAGCGGAGAAGUUGGUGAUUGUAAUCGUCGAGGAUAUAAACGAUAAUGCACCGAUAUUCGUGAGUAUGUCCGCGGUUAUUUUACCGUUGAAAGGUAAUCCGAGUUAUCAGCCUCAAAAAGAGGUCGUGGUAACGCAGUUGGUUGCCAAAGACUUAGACUCGAGUACGAACGGACUGGUCACAUACGAAUUACUUCGUUCGAGCGUCAACUACUCGGACAUGUUCCGCAUACAUCGUACCACCGGUUACCUCACUAUGAGACUUCCAAGAUCAACUAGAAACGCUCUUCCCGAACGUGUAUCGAAGUAUCAAGUGGGUGUUCGUGCAACCGACGAGGCCGUCCAAGCCGAAAGAAGAUCCUCGGAGACAUAUCUGACCUUGAUAAUGCCUGGGGAGGAAGGCGAGGAUCAACCGAUUUGGGAACAUCGGGGUCAGCUCGAGGGUAGUGUCUACGAAAACGAACCGGUAGGGGCGAGUAUUCUCAGAGUGAGUGCGCGUACCCGAAGAUCGAACAUCGAUCUUGAGUAUUACGUGACGAACGUGACCGCUAGUAGCGGCGGUCCUCAGGUCGACAGAUUGUUCGACGUCGACACGAAGACAGGUAUACUGUCGACCGCUGCUGCUCUCGACAGGGAAACAGGAAUCCAGUGGUACGAGGUGGAGCUAUACGCUAUAGGAAUUGGCGGCACCAGGCCCAUCACUACGUCCACCAAAGUUCGCGUGACGGUUUUGGACAAGAAUGACGUGGCACCAACCUGGGGUCCAGGACCAUGGAAAUUCAAAAUCUCUGAGGAAGCACCACCGAACACAGUCGUGACCAUUUUGAAAGCAUACGAUCCCGAUACUAUAGGAACUUUAACGUAUACAUUGGUAUCAUCGAAUCGGCCUAACAAUCCUAUUGCCAACGAUCACGAAUCUAAAAACGAUAUCGAGAGUCAAUUUAAAUUACAUCCGACCACCGGCCAACUCAGAUUGGCCGAGGCACUCGACAGAGAAACCAGAGAAAAGUACGUGCUUAAAGUACGUGCCGACGAUGGAUUGCAACACACCGACAUAACUUUGACCAUACAGGUGACCGAUACGAAUGAUAACGCUCCGACCUUCCAUGUGAGCGCUUACUCGUUCGAUGUAUCGGAGAACAUGCCGAGGGGAAGUCGCGUUGGGCAGGUCGUCGCAAGCGAUGCCGAUGCGGAAGGUGCUAACAGCCAAUUAAGUUACGCGUUAAUAUCCGAUUGGGCGAACGACGUCUUUUCUCUCAAUCCAAAUACCGGCGUCUUCACGCUCACCGCCAGUCUUGAUUACGAACAGAUACAGCAUUACAUUCUUGUUGUCCAAGCAACGGACGGUGGUGUACCGGCAUUAUCAUCGACCGUAACUGUUUAUUGCAAUGUCGUUGAUCUAAACGACAACGCACCGAUAUUCGAGGCUGGCCCGCAUGCAGCCGACAUCGUCGAGAACGCAACCGUUGGUACAUCGGUAUUAACGGUCACCGCCCAGGAUCUCGAUUCUUGGGAAAACGGUAGGGUGAUUUAUGCCGUGGUUGCUGGCGACGAGGACGGUGAUUUUGGUGUUGCAGCGAACGGUACACUUUACACAAGGAAACCACUCGACAGAGAACGGAAGCCACUUUACAAUUUAGUUUUGAGCGCAACGGACUCUGCCGUACCACCCUCUCGUCCUUUGUCAUCUACCGUACAGGUUACCGUGGUGUUGCUGGAUGUGAACGACAUGUCCCCGGAAUUCAUAUCACCAACGAAAAUAUCGAUAAUAGAGAAUUCACCAAGCAAUACCAUAGUAAUGGCAAUAAAAGCGAUUGAUAAGGACGAAGGUAGAAACGGUUACGUAGAAUAUUCCUUGGAGGACGAUGAGGUUCCAUUCACUUUGGGCCCAGUCGAUGGAUUGUUACGCGUUGCUGGCCCGUUAGAUCGGGAGCAAAGAUCGAACUAUACGUUAGAAGUUACUGCGAAGGAUCGUGGGGAACCGUCUAGGUCUAACACAACUAGUAUCACCGUUGUUGUACUCGAUGAGAACGAUAACUCGCCGAUCUUUGAUCCCAGACAAUACUCCGCUACGGUCGCUGAGAAUGCCAGUAUCGGUGCAAGCGUACUUCAGGUCUCAGCGAUGGAUCGUGACGAAGGUGCCAAUGGUAGAGUUAGAUACAGCAUAGCUAAGGGUGACGAGAAUCGAGACUUCACAAUUUCCGAAGAUGGGGGAGCAAUAAGAGUAGCCAAGAAUCUUAACUUCGAACGCAAAGCAAGAUAUCAUUUAACUAUACGAGGUGAAGAUUGUGCAGCGGAAGUAGGCGAAACAUCGCGUGGCGACACCGCACAAGUAACCAUAACUGUCCUCGACAUCAACGACAAUGCUCCCCUCUUUCUCGAUUCACCAUAUUUGGCACAUGUCAUGGAGAACAUGGUACCGCCAGGUGGAGGAUUUGUAAUCCAGGUCAAAGCUUACGACGCUGAUACACCGCCUUACAACGAUCAAGUAAGAUAUUUCUUAAAGGAGGGUGACACCGACCUGUUUCGAAUAAAUGCUAGCACAGGAGAUAUAUUUCUUCUUCGUCCACUUGACAGAGAAUUGGUACCGGAGUACACUCUCACGCUUGUAGCCAUGGACACUGGUUCUCCCCCUUUAACUGGAUCAGGUAUCGUGAAGAUCGUCGUCCUCGAUGUGAACGAUCACAGUCCGGAAUUUGCUCGGCAGGAAUACAAAGCAACGGUAACGGAGAACUUGCCAGCUGGUACCUGGGUGACAAAACCUUUGGCAACCGACAGGGACGAAGGAUUGAACGCUAAGAUAUGGUAUAGUUUAUUGGGAGAGAAAGCUGAACGUUUCUCAGCUAAUCCCGACACGGGAGAGAUUUCCACGGUAGUACCAUUGGAUCGGGAACAAACGUCGGUCUAUCAUUUAACAUUGGUGGCACGAGAUUCUAGUCCAACCGAGCCAAGAGCAUCCACCGUCAAUUUGACAAUAUUGGUGAAAGAUGUGAACGACAAUGCUCCACGAUUUUCUAGUCCACGAUACACGGCUUAUGUUCCAGGUGGAACCAAGCCUGGUGACUUCGUUUUCGGUGCCAAAGCUACGGAUGAUGACGACGGUGAAAAUUCACGAAUAGUUUAUCGUCUUCAAGGUAACGAUGCCGACAAAUUCAUCAUUGAUUCCAACAGUGGCGUGAUCAGAGCCACUCAAGAAUUAACAAGCGAUGAAACGACAUACCAAUUACAAAUACAAGCGUCCGAUUGUGGUACAGAACCACAAUACGUCACAGCCGAUCUAAUGAUACACUUAUGGGAGAGACAACUAUUUCCCAGUUUUCGUGCUAACAUUAACACAAGAUUUACUUUGCCAGAAGAUGUGCCCGAAGGUAGAGUUAUAACAAAAUUAAGCGCAACGACGCCCAAAGACGGUGCUGCUAGUAAUCUGGUAUAUGGUAUUGCUGGUGGAAACGUUGGUGACGCUUUAAAAAUCGAUCCAAAUACUGGAGAGGUUCUAGUUGCCUCUGGAUUCGAUUAUGAAACGGCACCAUAUUAUGAAGCUUGGAUCGAAGUCCGAGAUUCCGAUGCGCCAGCAUUAAGAAGUGUCGUUCAAUUGUUGGUCAAUGUCACCGACGCUAACGAUAAUGCACCGGUCAUGGAUGCAUCCAUUUACAAUGCAACUGUACCAGAAGAAGAAUAUCCACCUUUAUUCGUAUGCAAAGUUUCUGCUAAGGAUCGUGAUUCCGGUGAAAAUGGACAAGUCCUUUAUUACUUAGUCGAUGACUUUUCCGAAUCCUUUAUGAUCGAUAGCAAUACUGGAGAAAUCAGUACGAACGAGAAAUUAGAUCGAGAAGAUAUAUCAUCUUACGAAUUGAUCGUUGAAGCCAGAGAUCAAGGUCAGCCAAGAUUAACUGGCACAGCUAUGGUCAUUGUUACGGUAUUAGACAAAAAUGACAAUCCACCACGUUUCACAAGAUUGUACAGUGUCAAUGUAACAGAAAACGCAGAGAUCGGUACAUUUGUCAUACGUAUUACCAGCAGCGACAUGGAUAUCGGUCAAAAUGCGAACGUCACUUAUAUUUGUACGGAUAAUCCAGGAAAAAAGUUUUCGAUCGAUGCAAUAAGUGGUAACGUUACGGUGGCUGGUUACCUGGACAGAGAAGAACAAGAUGAAUAUCUGUUAAAGAUCGUCGCAGCCGACGGUGCAUGGGAAACAGAAACGGCAUUGACUAUCACGAUCCAAGAUCAAAAUGAUAAUCCACCAGAAUUCGAUGAAGAAGUUUACUAUUUCCAUUUCCCUGAGUUACAGCCACCUGCAUCACACGUGGGUCAGGUUACAGCUGUGGAUAAUGAUAAACAGGGUCCAAAUUCAGUGAUAUCUUACAGUCUUUUACAACCAUCGGAUCUUUUCACGGUUGAUCCAGCAACCGGUGAUAUAUUUAGCAAAAGAUUGCUCCGUUACAAGCAUACACAUCGACCUUCCUCUCCAGAAAAUUUAUAUUCCUUGACGAUAGUUGGAACGGACAAUGGGAAACCACCUUUAUCCUCGAAAACUGUUGUCCACGUGAGCGUUGUCGAUGCCAACAACAACACGCCUAAAUUCGAACAGAGAUCUUAUCUUUCACCGGUACCGGAGAAUUAUGGGGUCGGUAAAAAGAUCAUGCAAUUGAGUGCAAAAGACGAGGCAGAUUUCGGUGCUAACGCUGAGAUAAGAUAUUCAUUAAUGAGCAUCAACGAGACUUAUGAUUAUUUCUCGGUCGAUGAAAAAACUGGUUGGGUUUACGUACGUCGAAGUUUGGCUGGUAUUGCUGUGGGUAAAACAUUUGUAUUGAAGGCACGUGCCAUUGACAAAGGUGUGCCACCACAGAAAGACGAAGUCAAUUUGACUUUAGUAAUAUCAGGUGAUAAUCGACAUUCCCCAACUUUCGCUGCUGUUAGUUAUCAGGUUAGAGUACCUGAAAAUGAACCGGUCAAUACAACUAUAUUAACUAUCAGUGCUGUGGAUGGUGAUUCUGGUCCGAAUGGCAUGGUACGAUAUAAAAUAUCAGCUGGAAAUGAAAGAAACGAAUUCUUUGUACACUCUAUUACUGGAGCAGUCACUAUUUUGGAACCUUUGGAUUACGAUCUUGUUCAAAAGUAUAGAUUAAAUAUAACAGCGACCGAUUUGGGCUUCGAACCGAAACAAGCUGUCGCUACGUUGACUGUCACUGUGUCGGAUAUUAAUGAUAAUCCACCCACUUUUAAUCAGAGUAUUUAUGAAGCAUAUUUACCAGAGAAUUCGCCACCUAAUAGUUUUGUAGAUCAGGUAAUAGCCCAUGAUAUUGACUCGCCAAAAUAUGCCGUAGUAGAAUACAAGAUUCUAGGUGGUACAGGAAAAGAUCACUUCCGUAUAAAUGAGAAUACAGGGGUGAUAAGGUCAGAAAUCAGUUUCGAUUACGAGGAAGCCAAUGAAUAUACUUUAGACAUAAUCGCAGCUAAUCCAGAAUCUAGUCCCCAAAUGGUUGGGUUUACGAGUGUCCAUGUUCAUAUAACAGGAGUGAACGAGUUCUAUCCCAAAUUUAUUCAACCAGUAUUCCAUAUGGAUGUAUCAGAAAGUGCUGAUGUUGGUACUUCUGUAGGUCUAGUUCAAGCGACCGAUCAGGAUUCAGGAGAGGAUGGUCGUGUAUAUUACUUGUUCGUUGGUUCAUCCAACGAUCGUGGCUUUACAAUAGGAUCUGAAACUGGUAUAAUAAAGGUUGCCAGAAGGCUCGAUCGUGAAACACAAAAUCGUGUGGUCUUGACAGUAAUGGCAAAGAAUAGUGGUGGUAUACGUGGAAACGAUACUGACGAAGCUCAAGUAAUAAUAUCCAUUCAAGAUGGCAACGAUCCACCUGAAUUCCUUCAAAACACUUAUGAGGCAACUGUAUCGGAAGGAGCAACUCAUGGCACACGUUUACUAACUGUUAGAGCUGUAGAUAAAGAUAUAAGACCACAGAACAAUCAAUUUUCUUAUUCCAUUAUCAGUGGUAAUCUUGGUCAAGCGUUCAAAGUCGAUCCACAAACAGGCGAUAUCGAAACAGCCAAACAACUUGACAGAGAAACUAUAUCUUCCUAUGAUCUCACCGUUGGUGCUAUAGAUACUGGCUCACCUCCUCAAACUGGUACAGCCACUGUUCAUAUCGAGAUUCUUGACGUCAAUGACAACGGACCGAUCUUUGAACCCCCUGAAGUAAUCGGCUACGUAAGCGAAAAUGAACCAGCUGGUACCAGUGUCAUGACCCUUAGCGCUACUGAUCCUGAUCUACCACCAAAUGGUGCACCAUUUACGUACAGACUCGUUGGCGGUAGGCAAAGUGAUAUGGUCACACUUGAUAAACAUUCUGGUGUUCUAAGGACAACGAGAAGUUUAGAUAGGGAGACUAUGCCACAGUUGGAUCUUGUCGUGGAAGUUGAAGAUUCUGGAGUGCCAAGAAUGAAAAGUGAACAUACGAUAACCGUCAUCGUCACUGAUCAAAACGAUAGUCCUUCGACACCACGAUCCGUCCAUGUAAUAGUACAUGCAUUUAAUGGGGCUACUCCGCUUGGUAAAAUUGCAGAUGUGCAUCCUAACGAUCCAGAUAUCACUGGGGUUUAUUCUUGCAAAAUCCUUCAAAGUUCUAACACUAGAGUUUUGAGUAUUCCAAAUGCUUGCGACUUGCAUACCAACAAGAUUACACCUGGUAUCGGAUAUUCUCUAAGCGUAUCCGGUAAUGAUGGCCGUCAUCCUGACGUAAUAUCAAAAGUCACCGUAGAAUUCAUAUCCUUCAGAAACGCAACGAUAGAAAAUAGUGUGACCUUGCAAAUCAUGAAAUUAAAUGCAAAAGAUUUUCUAAAUCAACAUUAUCGUGCACUAUUGGAUUUAUUACAAGAAGAAAUUGAGGUUGACGAUACCGUAACGAUUUUCAGUCUUGGAGAAACCAAUGGCAAUGCUAAUAUUCAUUUGGCUAUUGAAACUCCGCAAGGUUAUCGCACGAAAUACGAAGUUAGCGAACUAUUGACACGUAACCGAGAUAAAAUUCAAUCACUGUUCGAUGGGACUACAUUUACAAUUGGAUAUUCUCCGUGUAAAAAUAUGCCAUGUGAAAAUGGAGGUAGUUGUACUAGUCGUCUAGCCAUAUAUGAUGACGCUAGGAUCACCGAUAGUCAAACUUUGAUCUUAACAUCCCCAAGAAUGUUACAUGAAAUGAUGUGCAUAUGCAGAGAUGGUUUUACCGGUGAGAAAUGUGAAAGAAGGCAGGAUCCAUGUUCACCGAAUCCUUGCUUAUUGGGUGGUCAAUGUCGUAGAUUGGGAUAUGACUUUCAAUGUACAUGUCCUAUCGAUCGUGAAGGAAAAAUAUGUGAAUUGGAAAGAGGGGAUGCGUGUGCCAGUAAUCCUUGUCGAAAUGGUGGAUCAUGUAGGAAAAGUCCUGACAGCUUUAGCUUCUUCUGUCUUUGUCGUCCUGGUUACAGAGGAAAUCAUUGUGAAGCUAUUACAGAUUCGUGCAGGCCAAAUCCAUGUUUGUAUGGUGGUCUAUGUGUCGGAGAAAAACCAGGAUAUAGAUGUAGUUGUCCAGAAGGACGUUAUGGAAGACAUUGCGAACGUUCUACUUUCGGUUUCGAUGAACUUUCUUACAUGACAUUCCCAGCAUUAGAUGCCAACACUAAUGACAUAACUAUAGUCUUCGCUACAACAAAACCGGAUGCUUUGUUAUUAUACAAUUAUGCACCACAAACAGGAGGACGAUCAGAUUUUGUUGUCCUAGAAUUAAUUAAUGGAAGAGUCGUGUUUUCUUAUGGUGGUGCAAGAAGUGCUAUUACAUCGGUAUCGAUAAAGAAUGAGAAAAGUGUGUCGGACGGGGAAUGGUGGAAAGUGAUAGCCACAAGAAAUGGAAGAGUUAUUUCUUUGAGCGUAUCAACGUGCAGAGAACACGGUGAUAUUUGUGAUGAUUGUAGACCUGGCGAUGGAACUUGUUAUGCCGAUGACGUUGGACCAAUAGGGACCUUGAAUUUCAAUAACAAUCCACUUCUCUUGGGUGGCCUUGAAAAUGUCGAUCCUGUAUUGGAACGACCUGGACAAGUACAUUCCGAUGAUUUCGUUGGUUGCAUGCAUUCUGUAUCGAUAAACGGAAGAUCUUUAAACCUGACAAAUCCAUUAGCAUUGCGAGGUGUGAAACCUACCUGCAGUAGAUCAGAGAAAAGCCCAUGCUCGAAAAAUGAUAAAGAUUUAGUCUCUGUUUGCGGACCAAAAUCAAAGUGUUACGAUAAAUGGCAUCAAGUAACUUGUCAAUGUGGAUUACUAAUUGCACCGAAUUGUCAUGGUGCGUUCGAGCCUGUCACUUUGAGCGAAGGUGGAUAUAUUGAGUUCAAGAUAUCAGACAAGCAUAGAAGAAUACAAUUAUUAGAAUAUCUCUAUGGAGGAUCAACAAUGUGGUAUAAAAAUCGUUCAAAACGAACAGUCGGUGAAGAGUCAAAUAUGUUCACGGUGAAUCCAGUAUUAAAAACGGUUGGCCUGAUGUUCCGUACUGUCAAACCUGAUGGCAUUUUGAUAUAUGCUGCAACGAACAAGCAUUAUACGUCAGUAGAGUUACGAGGCGGUCAGCUGACUUAUGCAUCAUUAUUGGGUUCUCCUGUUAACAUGACCAUGCACGUUGAAGGUGGCCUAGCAGAUGGUAACUGGCAUAAUUUAACUUUACACGCUUAUUCCCGAGGAUUGAGAUUGCUCGUCGAUGGUGUAUCCAAAGGAGACGAAUUGGAUUUAGCUGGAGUUCACGACUUUCUCGACCCAUAUUUAUCCGUCUUAUCGAUCGGCGGAGCUAGCCAGAAUCUUUAUCACGCUCGAAGUGCUGGCGCUAAGAGCUUCGAAGGUUGUCUGGCAAAUUUUACGAUAAACAACGAACUCCAACCAUUUAACGGUUCAGGAUCUAUUUUCAAGGACGUGUUGUAUCACGGAAAAGUUAAUACCGGUUGUAGAGGACCAAUAGGCAUUAGCACAGCUACAUCAGCCGAUCCUCUUAGCAUCGGUAUCACCCUAGUCAUAGUGUUUUUCAUUAUCCUGUUAAUAGCGAUCCUCGUGAGUUUCAUAGUUUUCCGUUUGAGACGUCAGAACAAGGAAAAGUCGGCACCAUCUGUAGUAAAUAAAAAUACGAACGCUAUAAUGACCGGUAAUCCAUUGGUAGGAACAGGUAAUGAUAAUCUCAUGUCACGUCACGAAAAUACAUACAUUUCCGAUGGAUCUGAUUUGCGUGGUGUUGGACAUAUGGGCCCGGAAUUGAUAUCGAAGAAAUACAAGGAACGUGAAAUUAAUUCGACGAGUGAGCAUAGACCACAAAGGCCAGAUAUAAUCGAACGAGAGGUAACGAAAUCACCACCGAUCAGAGACGAACAUCCACCUUUGCCCCCACCUACUCAAACCUCUCUUCAUUCGCACGAACACAAUCAGGAACCUGAUAUGCCAGAGCAUUAUGACCUCGAAAAUGCAAGUUCCAUCGCUCCAAGUGACAUCGACAUAGUUUAUCAUUACAAGGGUUAUAGGGAUGGCAUGAGAAAAUACAAGGCGACGCCACCGCCCAUUGGUAAUUAUGGAAAUCAUCACAAGCAUACUGGACAACAGCACAGACACGCCGGUCCGUUUCCACCACGAGCAAUGCCACCACCAAACGUAAAUCAACCACCUGGGCCAGCACCGAAAUUAUUACAAAGUACACCUUUAGCUAGAUUAUCACCGAGUAGCGAGUUGUCCGCUCAACAACCGAGAAUCCUAACGUUACACGACAUCAGUGGGAAGCCUUUACAAAGUGCAUUAUUAGCAACCACUUCAUCGUCCGGUGGUGUAGGAAAAGACGCUCUAAAUUCGAACAGCGAGAGAAGUUUAAAUUCACCGAUCAUGAGCCAACUCUCGGGAUCAACGGCAAGUCGUAAGGCACCGCAAUCCAAUAACGAAAAUUCGGUGAACAAUGUAUCAUCCGGUCCGAUGGGCCUGACAGCCGAAGAAAUAGAAAGAUUAAACUCAAGACCCAGAACGUCUAGUCUCGUAUCGACUCUAGACGCUGUAAGUUCGUCCAGCGAGGCCAGAGGACCACCUACUCAUGGACCUCUUCAUCUUCACAGACGUCACACGCCACCCGUUGAAAGAUUAGAACGACGAAAUUCCUCUACAACCGACGAAAGUGGCAACGAUAGUUUCACCUGUUCGGAAAUCGAAUAUGAUAAUGGUUCUUUGGUUGGUGACAAAAGAUCCGACAAUCUUUUCACGAAACAAGAUGACGAGGAAGUCACUCAGCGAACAAACGAAUCAACUCAAUCAACAAAACCGCCAUUACCGCCCAACGUUAAUUACGAUGGAUUUGAUAGUUCCUUUCGUGGCUCGUUGAGCACGUUGGUCGCCUCGGACGAUGAUUUAUCAACCCAUAUGGGUGGUCUUUACAGGCCUACCAACAAUGGCUCACCUUCGACCACAACAACGGCUCUCAGUUGGGAUUAUCUAUUAAAUUGGGGCCCAAAUUUUGAAAGUCUCGUCGGCGUUUUUGUCGACAUCGCCGAGCUGCCGGACAGCGCGAAUCGAGUACCGAAUACUCUUAGACUACCAGCUAGUAUACCCAAACCAUCGGAAGAAUACGUCUGAUAAGAUUCAAGGACAAAUUAUAAAAAACAUUCUUAUCAUUCAAAUUUGUCAUCAAAUGAUAACAAUAAUUGACGUUAUUCUACCCAAAGAAACUGUCCAAUUCGCGUUCAUUUAUUAAAUCUUGACAGAUUUCUUGAUCAUAAUAUUGAUACGAAUCGAUAGAUCAGGAACGUACAUGUGUCU